CCGCAUUCGAGUCAGUCAUGUCGAAGUCAGAUCGCAAGAGUCAUAACACCCCGCCCUCAUUCUCCGCCAGCAAUCUAUUUUACAGCCACUACGAUCGAUUCCGUUCAGCAUUGGUCGAGAUUUGAUUAAUCAUGAGGCUAUCCAGCAACUGGCUAGACCCUGUAUACAGGGACACUACAUCACAUGUAGUAAUCCCUGCAUCGGACCCUCACGGCGUUUCCUGCAGCGAGCCGCUGGCGAAGCGGAGAAGAUGGCUAUAUCUUGGGCAUGAAACCCGCUUAUGCACCCCAGAAUCCGCCUUUUCUUGACCUGGUCUGAUUCCUCGAGGUGACACCUGCCAUUCGCUAUGCAUAUUCCAAGAUACCUUCCUCUACUGGUGCUGCCGGUGGUCGUCACUGCUACCGUCUCGGAGGUACGCUCGGAUUACCACGAUAUCUCUCUCGUCCAGGUAGACGGUGUCUCUCAGGAUGAGCUGCACGUGUUCAUGACUCGAGCACUGGAUAUAGGCGACAUCGUGGAUAACAUCAAAGGUCUCAUCGAGCCAAUCCUCGACCUGAUCAAGCCAGAGUCGCUCGACAAUAUCAACACCAUCAUCACCAAUCUUGCCUCGCUCCUGGGAGAUGGGGGUGCUCAGGACACCAAGAACCUCGUGGGGACCAUCUCUGACCUGUUGAACUCGGAUGCAAUCCAGGAUCUCACGGACCAACUUGGACCGCUGCUUCCAACGUUGCUUGACUUGCUCAACUCGGACUUGAUUAAGAAGCUCAAAACUAUCCUUGAUAAUGCAAGUAUCUUGUUGACACACGACACCGCCGUUCAGAUACGCGACCUGAUUAAUGAUAUCGCUCCGCUCUUCGACUAUCUAAUGGAGAUCAUCAAGUAUCUCAUCAAUCUAUUCUUCGGCGAUAGCGGUAGUGGAGGCAGUGGAAGUGGUGGCGACAACGGAGGGAGCUCUACAACAACGGCCUCCUCACCAUCAGCGACACAGACUGGAAGUUCUGGUGACGACUCGGGGUCUUCAGGCUCCGGGUUCGACUUCGACCUGGAUCUAGGCUCCUCUGACAGUGAUGACAGCUCAAGUGACUCUGCGUCCGGCUCUGGCACAUCUGGCUCAGGGUCCGACCUUGACUCCUCAGACGGAGAUUCCAGUUCGGGCUCCGACUCGUCAUCUUCGUCAACCUCGGGUGACUCUGGGUCUGAUUCCAGCAGUGGCUCGGAUGGCUCGGACGGGUCGGACUCUGGAGGAACGGAAACUGGACCAGACAGUCCAGAGUUCACCGGCGCAGCGAGCAAGAUCAACCCAUACAGUGUAUCCAGCGCUCUUGGUGCAUUAGUUGCCGUUUUGGCCAUUUAGGAACUACUCGGCCUACAAGGACUGGCAGACAGCCGAACAUAUUGCUUAAUGUAAUCAGACAUCCAUAGGACCGAAACCACCCUCAUUAAUAUACAUGUUAAUCACAGUACAACCCUAAAGACUAAACACUAAACAUUAUACCGCAGACCUUCCUCUCACGGGAAUCAACUCCGUCGCCGACU